AUGGACCAACAUGUCCCCAAGGAGCAGACCUCUGGCCUCCCCACGUCUGUCUUUGCCACACGCUUCCAGCUCUGGGCCGUAGGACUCUUCUCUACUGAGCGACACUUAGCCAAUCGCCUCAAGAGCAACAGCUUUUACCCCUUCAAGCAGCAGCAGCCAGAUGUGUUUGUGCUCGAGUACUACCUGGACACACUCUGGAAGGGGACGCUGCUCUUCAUCAUCUGCCUUGUCUUGGUCUGCUCUGGUGUCCUGAGAACGGUGCAGAAGCAGGAGACCUGGUGCUUUUCUCUCUAUGGCAUGGCUAUAGGCCUGUGGCUCAUGGUUUCCUCAAUCCCCCGGCGCCGCCUAGUGCUGAACCACACCCGCGGCAUGUACCAUUUCUCCAUCAGUGGCCGAACUGUGUGUCAGGGCCCUAUGCAUCUGGUCUAUGUGCGCCUGGCACUCAGCUCUGACGUCUAUGGCAGGUGCUUCUUCCAGCUGGUCCUUUGUGGCCACAAGCUAGAGCCACUUGUUCUGGUGCAGCUGUCAGAGCGCUAUGAGCAAAUGGAAUUCCUGGGUCGGCACAUCGCCCGGAAACUCAACAUCAACUACUUUGACUACUUGGCCUCCUCCUACCGUCAUGUUGUCCGCCACUGGCCACUGGGGGCCACCUUUAGCCCUGGCAUUGUGCAGCGAAAAACACAAAUCUACACUAAGUCAAGUGUCACCGAUCUGGAUGUUUAACUCUGGGGCCUGAACCCCACCCCACACUCCUUCUCCCUAUGC